CAGCUACAUCGUUCUAUAAGAAGUCAAACCAUUACGUUCUGCAACUCAGUGAGAAUUUUUCCGACCAAAAAAUGGAGAAACCUCCUAAGGACAUGGCUCCGCAGUUCGACAGUGUUGAAGAGGGGUGCAUCCGCACGGAGAGCUUCCGCGAUCUUAAGAUGCCCAUUCUUCCGAAAUCGUUGACUCUUGAAGAGAAAAAGUUCUUGUUAGCAGUCGAACGAGGGGAUUUGGCUACGGUUAAAAGAAUAAUCCAUCGUGUUAAGCGAGGACUUCAUGGCAAUUCCAUUAACUUGGAUUGCAUGGACCCACUAGGAAGAGGUGCUCUGCUGAUGGCGAUCGAUAACGAAAAUUUGCAGAUGGUAGAACUGCUGGUCGUGAUGGGAGUUGCCACUCGAGAUGCAUUGCUUCACGCUAUCGAUAAGGAAUUUGUUGAGGCAGUGGAACUUCUUUUGGAACACGAGGAGCUCAUCCAUAAAGAAGGAGAACCCUACAGCUGGGAGAACGUAGAUCGCACGACCUCUUCUUUCACCCCUGACAUAACACCUCUGAUCCUGGCGGCGCAUCGUAACAACUACGAGAUUCUCAAGAUAUUGCUGGAUCGCGGGGCCACUAUACCUAUUCCGCACGACGUUCAGUGCGGUUGCAGCGAUUGUAUCCGAGGUGUGCUGGAAGAUUCAUUGCGUCAUUCGAUGUCGAGAAUCAACGCCUACCGUGCUCUGUCGAGCCCUUCUUUGAUUGCUCUGUCAUCCAACGAUCCUAUUCUAAGUGCGUUCGAACUCAGCUGCGAACUGAAACGAUUGGCUUACCUGGAGACAGAAUUCCGCCAGGAAUAUAUGGACUUACGGCGUCAGUGUCAACAGUUUGCGUGUGAUUUGUUGAGCCAUACGCGCAGUUCCAGCGAAUUAGCCUUUCUCUUGAAUCACGAUCCCAGCAACAAUGCGCGUCGUAGUCCAUCAACCGACGAUUACCAAGAGAUGAAACUAGCACGACUCGAAUUGGCAAUCGAGCAAAAACAAAAAAAGUUUGUGGCCCAUCCGAAUAUCCAGCAGCUGCUCGCUGCCAUUUGGUACGAGGGUUUGCCGGGUUUCCGUCGCAAAUCUGCUAUAGACAAGGUGGCCGAAAUAACUCUAGUCGCCUUACUUUUCCCUCUAUAUUGCGGGCUGUACAUGAUUGCUCCGCUAUCCUCUUACGCGCAGCUGAUGCAAAAACCUUUCAUGAAAUUCUUAAUCCAUGCCUCUUCCUACCUCUUUUUUCUCUUUCUGCUGAUUUUGGUAUCACAACGAUUUGACGUACUGGUCAUCGAACUUUUCGGCACUGAGUCUAUGCGUAAAACUUUAGAGGAUCAACUCAGACGACAACGAGGCAAUUUGCCCACAUUCCUCGAAUGCUUCGUGGCAGUUUACGUCUUAGGAUAUGUCUACGAAGAGAUUUACGAAAUGUGGAAAACUGGUGUCGGACGCUACAUAAGAAACCUGUGGAACGUGAUCGACGUCUGCCGUGAUUUGUCCUACCUUUUGGCAAUGGGUCUGAGAGUGGUUGCUUAUGUUCAGCAACAGCAAGAGAUACAAGCAAAUCCAGCCGCAGCUUAUAUACCUCGAGAGGAAUGGGAUGCUUUCGAUCCCCAACUGGUCGCCGAGGGAGUUUUUGCCAUGGCAAAUAUUUUCAGCGCCCUCAAGUUGGUGCAUCUCUUCUCCAUUAACCCGUACUUGGGUCCUCUACAAAUUUCUUUAGGACGAAUGGUGAUUGACAUCGUCAAGUUCUUCUUCAUCUACACACUGGUCUUGUUUGCCUUCGCCUGUGGAUUGAAUCAGUUACUGUGGUACUUCUCGGAUUUGGAGAAAAAGAAGUGUUACACACUACCCGGUGGAUUGCCGGAUUGGAGCAAGAAUGCCGAUGCCUGUGCUAAAUGGCGACGAUUUGCCAAUUUGUUCGAGUCAUCGCAAUCUUUAUUUUGGGCCAGUUUUGGUUUGAUGGAUCUGGGCAAUUUCGAACUGGCGGGUGUCAAGAGUUACACGCGCUUUUGGGGAAUGCUGAUUUUCGGAGCUUAUUCCGUUAUUAACGUAGUGGUGCUAUUGAACUUACUCAUCGCCAUGAUGUCCAAUUCUUACUCGUUGAUCACGGAACACUCAGACACAGAAUGGAAAUUCGCCCGUUCAAAAUUAUGGAUGAGCUACUUCGAUGCGACUGGCCACACACUUCCUCCGCCAUUCAAUCUUUUACCAACUCCCAAGAAGAUAAUGCGACUCUUCUGUCGUAAAUCGAACGCAUCGAAUCCCAAGCUUCGGCGUACUUCAACGAAGGGACGACAUGCAAACGAGAGGGACUACUGUUAUACGGCUGUGAUGCGUUCGCUCGUUUGGCGCUAUGUGACGGCAAUGCAUCGACAACAAGAAAUGUCUCAGGUUACCGAGGAUGAUGUCAAUGAAGUCAAAGGUGACAUUUCAACGUUACGAUUCGAACUGCUGGAUGUCUUCAAGAAUAAUGGAAUGGACAUUUCUUCGGCCAACAAGAACUCGAAAGCCGCAUUGGGUCGCAAGAUGAGAAUUUGGGAGCGACGAUUGCUCAGAGAUUUUCACGUAGUGUCCGUGGCUGGAGCAGAUGAAGAAGUCGAUCAAGAAUCGUCCAGCACCGACGGUAUGGGAAUCACGAGAUCAUUAUCAUCGGGAGGGAAUGAAGCAAAGGGCAAUGCUGCCGACAGAUUCCGAAAAUUGGCGAGUGUGGCUGUUGCUAUGAAUGCUGCUGGAAUUUCACAGGGCAUAGCAGCUGGCCAAGGACGUACUAUCAAACCAUUGUCCCAAAUCGGCAGAUCGAUGAGUAACGAGUCAUUCAAAAGUUCUCAGAACUUACGUAAAGCGAUGGAAGAAGCGCAGCGUCUAACAGUGGUGGCGCCCACUCCAGAACCGUCUCCCCAACAUGGCAAGUAUUCGCCGGAUAUAGCUCUCGUGGCCGAUUCCGGAUCCAGCGUUCUACAGCUGCUUCGUAGUAUGUCUGAACAAGAAGAUGAAGAAGAAGAAGAAGAUCGUGAAGACAAUGAACAGAAGCCAAAAGAGUUUACAUUUUUCUCGGCCAACAAGAAGGUCAAUCAACUUCCAACGCCGACUGUAACCGUGUCGCAAACUUCAUCAUCCGUGACUUCGUCAUCCGUUCCGGCCAAGCAGAAUGAAGUCAAAGGAUCAUCAUCAAUUAUGGAAUCCAACUCAAAACAGCUUCGUUCUAUCAAGAAAGCCCCUUCGCCGCCAUUACCUGAUACGAAAGCAAGCAACACAUCCAACGCGAUCGAAACACCAAACAGCCAGAGCCUUACUGCAUUGCUAACGAAAAUGGAGGCCAAGCCUCUGCAGAGCAACGGCCUGUCUGAAAACAAAGUUACUGUCGAGUCAGAGGUCCAACGGUUCGAUACGGUCCCUACGAACGUUGGCGCAAGCGGGCCAACGCUAUCAGCAAUGAACAAAGAAUCCAGCGUUCCACUGACAGGCCAAGACAUCUCUUAUGCAACGACUGUAUCGAACGCGGAAGCAACUCUGACCGAUGAUGCACCACCUAGUAACUGCGCUGCUUCGAAAUCUGUGCCCAUUACGCUGCCUAAAGAACAGUCUACAAUCGUUAUGCCAGAUCCUGUUGUUACUGAUCGCAAGUUGGCCAUUCAAAGUCAGAAUGCGUCAGUGAUGUCUAAUGCUGGGAUGCAACCGAAUUCGCCGAACGCGGAAGAGAAACAGCCGAGUGCUGGUGACGCAAAGACGGUCAAGCGUGAAAGCAGCAAGGGCUGGUUUUAAAAGUAUAUACAGCAUGAUGCAUUUUCGAUUUUUUUCGCAACGCUGGACGUAUAUUAAAAUCGUUGCAUAUUCUAUGCUUGAAGUAAAUUCUAUCUAGAGAAAACAGUGCUAUCCAAUUAUGCGUAUAACAACCCAUGUAUAACGCGAUGAUGCUGUGAUAUCGUUCUUGUAUAAAUGAACGUCAUAUCACUGAGUCGAUCAAUAAAAAGACAUUAACUACAAA